UUUCGGCGGGCAUCAAGACGUCGCGCAGUGUGACCAAAACUGCCAACUGGCGCGUCGUUCGUCGUGAAUGUUUAAAAAUUGUGUCUACUUUUUGUUUUUAAAAAAAGUCUCCGGCAGAGUAUUAGUUUUUAAACAAUAAUAAUAUUAUCAAUUAAUAUAUUAUUAAAAUCGGUUUCAAAAUGUUUCGUGACAAUUCGUUGCUAUAAUAUUAUUUUUCGGCAUUAACAUCCGAGUACGGUGUACACUGGUUUUCCGUUGUAGAGACGCCGCCACCGACGCCGCCGGCGUUGUACGAUUGUCGAUUGUUGUAGAGAUCGAUUUUGUUUGGGCGUCAUUAUUACUGUCGAGGAAUGCGCCUGUCGUGACGUCGUAGAUCGUCCGUUUUUGUAAAUCUCUUGUUGUUGCUUCAAGUGUGAACGUCGAUUUCGAAACGUCCAGCGAUUUUUCUGUUUCAGUCAUAAUAUUAUUGUACUGUGUUGCCGCACGGAACGCCAUAAAAGUCGAUCGAAUUCGAUUUCAUUUGGAACUACUCAAGGUGUGUGUUUUGAAUUGUUCACUAUAGAAAAAUGUCGACCGGUAAACAAGAGUCGAGCAAAUUGCCAUCUGCUGUCAAUGGAUCGGUAGUUCCAAGUUCUGAAUUCAUUCGUAUACGUGUCAUAACUAGCGACAGUUCCAACGAAGUACAUUUCCGUUUAAAACCUGAUGUGGCAUUUGCUCGUAUGAAAACGACAUACUGUAAGAAACUUGGUCACUCCAAUAAGGAUGAGUUGCGUUUUGUAUAUGAUGGUAUACGUAUCGCUGAUAAUGAUACACCAAAAUCGUUAGAUAUGAUGGAUGGUGAUGUUGUUGAGAUAUAUCAAGAAAGAACUGGAGGUGGUAUGUAAUGUUUGUGUACUUAGGUAAUUGUUGAUUGUUUUGAUCGACAAUUUUUUAUUUUCAAUCCUAAUUCUUUAUAUAUUGUAAAUAAAACCUUUUUUUUUUUCGAUUGAUUCUCGUUCAUCUACAAAUGUAAUUCAUUUAAAUGACCAUCUAAUAUUAUACAAUAUGUUAUACUAAAGCUUGAAAAAUAUUUUAUUUCAAAUUAUUACAUUUAUUGAAUAAUGUAAACUAAACAAAUUCUGAAGAUGUCAUAUUUUUUUAUGUAUUUAACAUUAUUAGGAUUAAUAUUCGUAAGACUAAUACAUUUUUAUAAAUACAUAUGUUAAAAAUCAAUUAAAUAUUUAAUUAAAUUGUCCAUAAUAUAAUUUCUGUAUCCAAAAUACUAGUAACUUGCAAAUAAUGAUCCACCUAUUAUAGAUAUAAGUAAUACAAUUCAAGUUCCUUUUUAUGUAUAUUUUUUUUUCA